AUGGCACCCGCUGCUUCCAAGAAGGCCAAGAAGUCGUCCUCGGACAACAUCAACACGUGAGUCUUCAUCCCCCGCCUUGGCCUCGGCCCUGGAGGCUGCCUCUGAGCCUGGCAGUUGCGCCGGCCGUGCUGUCCAACCGCCACCCGCCAGCGCCGGCCCACCCGCGUGAUCGAGGGCUGGUGCUGACCCACCACACCCGCCCCGCCUCCUUCAGCCGUCUCGCCCUCGUCAUCAAGUCGGGCAAGUACACCCUCGGUGUCAAGUCCACCCUCAAGGCCAUGCGCUCCGGAAAGUGUGAGUAGUCGACACCAUUCACCAUGCCGUCUAGAUCCACACCACCCUCGCCGUACUCACACCACCCCCGUACCCUUCCUCCCCACGCAGCCAAGCUCGUCUUGAUCUCCGGUAACUGCCCCCCUCUCCGCCGCUCCGAGCUCGAGUACUACGCCAUGCUCUCCAAGACGCCCGUGCACCUCUACUCUGGCAGCAACGUCGCGCUCGGCACCGCCGCCGGUAAACUCUUCCGCGUCGGCGUCAUGUCGAUCGAGUCCGCCGGUGACUCGGACCUCCUCUCCGUCACCAAUGCUUAG